UGAGCCUGGUUGUGUUUCAGGUGUUGACAGCAGGUCCGUUCUUCACCUCUCUUUGCUUUCUUUAUUCCACCCUGCCUCGCUCUCCUUUCUUUCUCUAUUUAAUCCACCUUUCUUAACCUGCCUGUUGUGUGUCUAUCUAUUUAUUUUAUUUAUGUAUUUAUUCAUGCAUCUUAUCAUUUGAAAAGGUUUUAUUCUAAACAUCUUCUCCAAUGAGAAUAAAAGAUGGAGCUUCAUAUUUUAGAGCACAGCCUGAAAGUGGCGAGUAUAGAGAAAGAGGGGAUCCAGAUCUGCACUCAUGGAUUAAUAAAACUCGCUUUCUUGGCCUCCAAAACAAGAUGCAAGUUUUUCAGUUUGACAGAGACUCCGGAGGACUACACCAUCAUCGUGGACGAGGAAGGCUUUAAAGAGCUGCCCCAGUCGGAGCACAUCAGUGUGGCCGACGCCACGUGGUUGGCCCUCAACGUGGUGUCGGGGGGCGGCAACGCCUCCAACUCGCAACCCAUCGGAGUCACUAAAAUCGCCAAAUCGGUCAUCGCGCCGCUGGCCGACCACAACAUCUCUGUUUUCAUGCUGUCGACGUAUCAGACCGACUUCAUCCUGGUGCGAGAGCGAGACCUGCCGAUGGUCAUGCACACGCUGUCUUCCGAAUUCACUUUGCUUCGGGUGGUCAACGGAGAGACUGUUGCUGCUCACGAUCUGGGAGUCACCAACGGCUUCGUGAAGCCUAAACUUGUGCCCCGUCCCAUCAUUCACCCGUUAUCUAGUCCCAGCAACAUGUUCUGUGUGACCAGCCUGGACCCAGACACACUGCCCUCUGUAGCCACCCUGCUCAUGGACGUCAUGUUUUACUCUGGAGGGUCAAAGGAGCCCGGAGCGUCCAGCGAGGACUCCAGCCACAUCCGCUUCUUCUCCUUCUCCCUUAUCGAGGGCUACAUCUCUCUGGUCAUGGACGAACAGACAACUCAAAGGUUCCCAAACAAUGUCCUCUUCACCAGCGCUUCUGGUGAGCUUUGGAAAAUGGUUCGCAUCGGGGGACAACCUUUAGGGUUCGAUGAGUGCGGCAUCGUGGCUCAGAUAUCAGAACCCCUGGCAACGGCUGACAUUCCAGCUUACUACAUUAGUACCUUCAAGUUUGACCACGCCCUGGUUCCCGAAGAAAACAUCCAAAGUGUGAUCGGCGCUCUGCGGACCAAGAGCACGGCGCAGUGAAGGGAGCCGGAGGAGAAACGAUGACCGCUUUCAAAGUCAUUUCGUUCAAACGUUUAUCAUGUCCAAAAAGUGCCAAGAGCUUAUUAGCGGACUACUGUGGAUCGGCUCUGAAAGGAAGUGAUGUAACCACGACGCGUGGGUUGGCGUACGGGGGCGGGCGGGUGGGGGAGUGUGACGGUGUGUUAGCGAUGCCUUUGUUCGGACAUUUUCUUUCCCCCCCACUCCUCCUUCCUUCCUUCCCUGGCGCUGGAGGCCCUCCGCCGCCUGCUCUGCUUUAGUUUACCAGACUGAAUCUGUUUCUUUUCCUCUCUAAAGCUGCUCCUUCCCACUCCCUGACCCUCCUGAGCACCAUACUGUAUUAGUUACAUAAUCCCUCUCAUGGAAGGAUGACGAAUGUACUCUCAAAAAAACAAAAGAAAUUAUAUAUAUCAAGCUCUCCAUAUUAUUUUUUUGUUUUCCAACAGGUCAUUUCUCAGUGCCAAGAUGUCUGAAUGCCUAAACCGAUGCCUUUUCUCAAAAUACUAUACGUGUGUGUGCAAUUGUAGGAGACAAUUCUUGAGACCGCCGGCGAUGACGCAGCGCCCGGUCGGGUAAUACGGUGUGUUUUUGUGUUUCUUUUGCUUUUAGUAGCUUUUGAACAUCGUUUAACUUACAGCAAUGAUCUUACUGUAAGAGUCCAUUGUUUAAAUUCAGAUGCUUGAUCCAUGACCUUGAUGAGGAAAUUAUCAUUUUAGUGUUUUAAAAACGUAAUAUGCAUUCACGCUGUGAGCAGCCUGGUUGAUGGGUCACUCA